AUGGAUAGAGCUGAGACGCUGGAGCGCCAAGUUGAAACGCAGGCAUCAGCAGAAGCGGCCCAAUCCACUGACCCAUCGCCAACUUCCUCGCAAGAAAGACCAGGGCCUAACAGGUUGCUGUAUCAAAUAAGGACGAUGCCGCUGGUGUCGCUGCUUCUGGGAAGAAACGUGCCCGCGAGGAACGUGAUUAACGAUACAAACAGCUUCUUCCUGCUAAAAUGUAUCAUGGGAUUCCAUCUGGUGAUCCUGGCCACCCUGGUGGCACUGAGCACAUUUACGAUAUACUUCUACAACGUAAGAUUUUACAAGAGCCAGACGAGACCCUCUGAAACCCUAAUCGUAUGCUGGCUCCUGCGCGGAAUUUGGCGCACAGUCAACAGCUCCUGGUCACUGCGGUACUACUCCGCAGGCGCGGAGACGACGCCGAACCUGAAGCUGAGUCAGACUUUUUACAACCUAGUCUCGAUCCUCUGGAUAGGACUGGCAGUUAUUUUCCUGGGAGUGUCGCCCAAGGAGGACCUGAAGAGCGUGUCCUCAAAGAUAUGCUACUUCCUGCUCUGGGCGACGAUUGCGUCAUACGUAGUGCCGAUGCUGGCAUACACACUGAUGUGCUUCCUGCUCUACAUGACGCUCUUCAUAGUUAUCUACUUCAGGCACGGCUCAAUACCGCUGGCCUCAGGAGCAAUGCCACUGACGCUCCUGCGGAAGCUGAAGGUCCAGAAGUACCGAGAAGUGCUGAAGGCUCUCAACAUGUCGGAAAACGCAAACAAGCUGAGCUGCGAGGAGGGAAUAGGAGACAAGAAUCCGACGGACCUGGACGUGAAGAGUCCGAUCGCAAUUAACGACCCGCUCUCCGACUGCAUCAACAACGCAGAAAUGCUAGCAGAAAGGAUAUGUUCGAUAUGCAUACUGUUACAAGUGACCACCAGCUACUUAAAAAUAAAUGAUGACGAUAAGGUGUUUCUUUUACCAUGUGACAUGAGGCACCUGUUCCACAGAGACUGCCUGCGGAAAUGGUUCCACAGGAGCUCAGAAUGCCCAAUAUGCAGAAGCAACAUCUCGGAAAUACUUGCAGAUAAGAAUAAGCCAGUGCACAAGGGAAGCACGGAAGAAAGAGCGCCGACAACCGAAUGCCCGGAACAGUAUUACCACGAAGAUCCAAUACAGGAAUUGGGGCAGUACCCAGUGCACGAAUCCGAAUAUUCGCACUCCGAUAUCGGCGAGGAACGAGAUCAACAAGAAUUAUCAGACGAACACAAGCAACACUUCGAAAAGUUUAAAGAAUUGUUUGAGGACCACGGCCAGAGAGUAGACGAUGACGACGGAAAGAGCAUUUCAAUCUUUAACGACAAGACAAAUGGAAUCAAUCAACAGUCAGUGAAAAGUGGCAACGAUGAUUAUAUUGUUGUUGUAGAUAACGUUGCUGCCGACGAUGAAGUUUAUCACGCAAUUGAUGAUGUCGACGGUGAAGUUGAUCACGUUGCGCCAGGGAAUGUUGGUGUCAAAGAGGUGCCGUCAGAGCACACGAUGGCAGAUGAGCCAAUUACGGAAGAAGCAGCAAUUGAAACGAUCAAUGAGCAAUCAAACGAGGUAUUGAAUGAACCUCCAAGGAAUUCAUUAAUUAAAUCACCGGAUGAGUUAACUCAAUCACGAACUGAAGCAGUAAGGGAAGCAGUGGAGCAAUCGCCACAGCAGAUAUCGGAAGGAGAGAAAGAUGUCAAGGAGUCUCUUAGUGAACCCGACGAAAAGCUACAAAACACACAUCAACAAGUAGAGAAGGAACACGAGGAUAAAUUGGAAGAACAGGGUCCAUCGGAAGCAGUUAAGGGGCAGGAAGAAGAGGAAGACGCAGCAGAAGAAAGUGGAAAGUCAGGCCCUAUCUUGUAG